GCCACGCUAUUAUGGCGUCUCCCAUCGUCUUGGGAAGUCGUACGCUAGGCUCUGGUACGUUUGAAGUUUUUUUCAUUGGCAGAGGCAACCGAAGUUUGUACAGCGUUUUUAUCUAUAAUGAUAUGCUUACGAAAUCUUUCACUCCAUUAAUGAAAAGGGCUUCUCGAAUUGCCAUUCGUGGAGCAGCAACGGCUGCGGCCGCACCACAGAAGAAAACUGAAAAGACUUCUUUUGGAAAUCUUAAGGACUCAGAUCGCAUCUUCACUAACCUGUACGGUCGUCACGAUUACCGCCUAAAGGGAGCACUCGCAAGGGGUGAUUGGUACAAAACCAAAGAUAUUAUAUUAAAAGGCUCGGAAUGGAUUAUCAACGAGGUCCGCGUUUCUGGACUUCGCGGAAGAGGCGGAGCUGGAUUCCCAGCUGGCAUGAAAUGGAGCUUUAUGAACAAACCAUUUGACGGGCGCCCAAAAUAUCUUGUCGUUAACGCCGAUGAAGGAGAACCUGGAACUUGUAAAGAUCGUGAAAUCAUGCGUCACGAUCCGCACAAGUUGAUCGAAGGUUGUCUUAUCGCUGGAGUGGCAAUGGGAGCUCGAGCAGCUUAUAUCUAUAUCCGUGGAGAAUUCUAUAACGAGGCUUGCAUCCUCCAAGAGGCUAUCCAUGAGGCCUAUAAGGCUGGUUACCUUGGCAAGGACUGCUUUGGAACAGGCUAUGCAUUUGACGUGUUCGUACAUCGUGGUGCCGGUGCAUAUAUUUGUGGAGAGGAAACGGCUUUGCUCGAGUCGAUUGAGGGAAAGCAAGGCAAACCACGUCUUAAGCCUCCUUUUCCCGCUGACAUUGGGCUUUUUGGUUGCCCGACAACUGUUACAAAUGUCGAGACCGUUGCCUCAUCUCCAACUAUCUGUCGCAGAGGUGGAGAAUGGUUUGCUUCUUUCGGACGUGAACGCAAUCGUGGAACCAAGUUAUUUUGUAUUUCUGGCCAUGUGAAUCAUCCGUGCACCGUCGAAGAGGAGAUGUCGAUUCCACUUAAAGAGCUCAUCGAUCGACACUGCGGAGGGGUUAUCGGUGGAUGGGAUAACCUUCUAGCCAUCAUUCCUGGAGGAUCGUCCGUACCUCUUUUGCCCAAGAGCAUCUGUGACACUGUUUUAAUGGACUUCGACGCUUUGGUCGAAGUACAAUCUGGUCUUGGAACCGCUGCUGUCAUUGUUAUGAAUAAGCAAGCUGACAUCGUCAAAUGCAUUGCUCGUCUUUCGAUGUUCUACAAGCAUGAAACCUGUGGACAGUGCACACCAUGCAGAGAAGGAUGCAAUUGGUUGGAUAAGAUUAUGUGGCGAUUUGUUGAUGGUAAGGCGAAACCAAGUGAGAUUGACAUGAUGUGGGAAUUGUCCAAACAAAUGGAAGGUCACACGAUUUGUGCUCUUGCCGAUGCUGCUGCAUGGCCCGUGCAGGGCUUGAUUCGUCAUUUCCGCCCCGAACUCGAACGCCGCAUGGCUGAAUUCCACAAGCAGGUGUUGGCGGAAAGUGCUACGAAAAAGAUCCAGGCACAAAAUUAAGC